UUCGUGAAUCUGCCGGGUAUUUAUGGACGCUCCCUAGACUUUCUGAUGAAAUCCUCACUCGCCGACUGAGACACUUUACGCUGGGGUUAGAAUCUUACAGAUUUAACCGCUUUAAAACCUUACCUUUCAACAUUUUAACGACUUACAUCUUAACAAUUUAACACGUCGGGCUUCGGUCGUCGGGAGUGGUGGAGUAUCGAGGUCUGGACCGACCGUGAAGGACGUGGAUCGCUUCCCUUCGGUAGAGAAGGCUAGCACGGGCUAGCAGUGCUAACACGUUAGCUUCAGAGCUAAAGCUAAGACCCGGACACUCGGGGGAGACUCGGCGGCGUUUUCUUCUUCCGCAGACGGCAUGUCUGUGUCGUCUUUGUCGGACGUGUGUUUCUCCGAAGGCCACAUGUCGUCGAGCAACGACCUUCCUUUGGACCCGCACGACGUUCCUGAUCUUAUGAAGCUCCACCGCCGCCGCCAGGAGCAGGAGGUUCCCGGGCUUCUGGGGGGGUCUGGUCCCACGGGGAGCCGGUGUGUCUGCCGGUCCGUGUAACACCGCCUGGACACCCACAGCCCUAGAGGGGUCCUCAUCGGACAGCUAGUGCUCGGUCUGGGGUCACAUUCGAGCCCCCCGGCUGAUCCACACAGAUCGGUCAAAUAGCCUCAGUCUCCUGACAGCUGUCAAGUUGCCUUUCUAAUACUGACAGCAGCAUCGCCACGACUAUAUAUUAACAUUUUAAACGUUGUGGAGUAUUAUCUAAAUGUUGUGUUUUUUCUUGUUGGAGUUUUAAAGAUGUCCAGAGCCGAACUCUCCGAGACCCGGGCCUCGGCGGGUCUGUCCCCCAGCGGGCACCGAGGGGCUUCACCCCGUGAGGAUAAGCAGGACACACCGUGGACUAACGCGUUCUCCGUGGUCUCAAGGCCCGCACUUUCUCUACUGCAUAAGUAUUUACCCGGGUUACUUCAUACUCGCUCCCUGACGGACAGUGUUCCCGAUUGGGUCGUCGAAGAAGACCUGAACCCGGGCUCAGAAGUCCCGUGUUUGAGAAGUUUGGGCGACCUAAAGCAGUCACCUGAGCGCGUUCCCCCGCCGGGCGACGCAGGGAGACUCCUCCAACCAGGAGGCCAUGGUAACCUGAUGUGGAUGACGGAAGAAUCGCUUUCAGAAUUAGGAAUUAAAGACCGUGGUGACAGAGAACAUAGCAAGGAUUUUUUCAGAAACCGCGGUCCUGUUUUGUUGAACGCAACAUCCUCCGCGGAGGCGCCGGGCUCCCUGCUCCAGAGCGACUGGAGGGGUCACACCUGGUGGGGUGAGUUCUGGGGAACCGACCUGUCUAAACUGUCUCUGGGCCGAGGGGAGGGCCUGUGCGCCGCGCAUUGUUCGCUCCCAGCGGUUGGUACAAAAGCCACAGUUGCCCAGACAACGGCUCUGUUUGUACCGUUCAUUUGGGAGUCGAUGGCAAGCGAAAAUGCUGGACACUCACGCAAUACACAGCAAGCGGAGGACAAUGGGAGUCUCGAAAGCCCACAACCAGAAACUCUCAAGUGUUCAGAGGGCCCUGUGCAGGAGCUCAGCACCAAGGGAGCCAACAUCAGCACAGGAUCUGCCGCAGCGUUCGGUGAGGUGGCGGUUCUGACCCCUGAACAAGAUAACGGUUAUUCCAGUCUGGAAGAAGGUCAUGUGUUAUGCCAACUUCACACGGCUGGUUCAGCGGCAGAGCUUCAGGUAGAGGGCCACACAGCCAUAGAGGAGCCGGAGACCUCUGAGCCCGCUAUGGGGCCAUCCCCAACAGCUGACAGGGUGGAGGAAGAGGGGGCAGGAGAAGGAGAAGGAACAUGUGACAUUGGUGGCAGUAAAGAAGAUGGUAGUGGGGAUACGCCACCUCAGGAUGGAUCAUCUGCAGCUGCCGAUACGAUAAGUUCCCCCUGCUGCCAGAACCGAGCCAUCGCCUUCAUCAUGGGCAGUCCCUGUAGUGAUGAAGAGGAUACCGCUGACAGCCUGUCAGGCAGCGAGGCCAGUGACCGUGACGACGGCUUUGACAGCGAGGGUUCCUCUGAGAUCUCAGAAUCUGACAGCGAAGAUUCAAAUUCGGACAAUGGAGUGGAUUCGGAGGCGGACCGCUUGUGGGACUCUCUGUGCCGACCUCGGGACCCGUACAACCUCCACCACUUCACCGCCCCGACCACCACCGCGCCGUUGCCCGUCCCCUCCUCCGGCGCCGCCGCCCUCUCCUCAGACUCCUCCCCGGACUCCUCACCGGACUCGUCCCUGGCCCGGGGCCCGGCCCCCGCCGGCUCGCUGGCCCUCUCCGUGUCCCCGCCGGCGGCCCAGCAGUCCGACUCGUGGGACGACUCCACCUCGGCCAGCGAGGCGGAGGACACAGAGGGCCUGCUGAGCUACUUCACCUCCUCCUCAGACCCCUACAGCCCCUGGAACUUCCAGGCCCCUGUCAGAACGGCGCGGCCGCGGCCUGAGCUGCUGACAGCGGAGGGGGGCCGCCAGGAGACGAAGGAGUCCCUGAAGAGGCCUACUCGCUCGGCCCCCCAGGGGGCAGCCGCCUCAUCGCCCCCCCGCUACCGCAGAGAGGAGGCCGAGGACCGCCUGGACAGCGGGUUCUCUGAACCCGUUGCACCCCCCAACCCGUUGGUCACGUCACGGAGUGGUGGGGUCUAUAAGAAGGUCCGCUUCUGUGAGGAGGUGGAGGAGUUCGUCACCAGCAGCCGCGAGGAGGAGGACCGGCGCGGCCAGUGGGAGGAGCUAGCCCGUGACCGCUGUCGCUUCUGGCGCCGCUGCCUGGACGUGGAGCAGAGCAUCGCCUAUUGCCUGGAGCCUGAACACCGCUCCCUGGUGUUCCAGCACCGUCAGGCUCCACCUGCAGAGCCCCCCUCCUCCCUUGAGCCUGAACCCCGAUCCCUGGUGUACCAGCACCGUCAGGCACCACCUGCAGAGCUCAGCUCCCUCCUGGUCUACCAGCACCGUCAGGCACCACCUGCAGAGCCUGAACACCGCUCCCUGGCCUACCAGUACCUUCAGACACCACCUGCAGAGCUCACCGCAACCACGGACGACUCAAACGCUGACACUUAAUCCCCACGUCCUUCUGUAACAUGCGUUAACCUGCAGGCGUCGCCGGAGAGACUUUGAGGGGGAGGUCCUGUUGUUUGCCAGAACCUGAGCCCAGACAUGGGAGCAGCUGGUUGGUGGGCCGCUGCUCAGGACUGCUGGCUUUGGGCUGUUUGUGGUACUAGAGAGGGGGCAUGCAGCACCGUCUAAGUGUCCGCUCUGGUUUGAUUUGCAGCUGUUAUAAAAUGUGUUUCUUGGUGGUGUGAGUAUUUAACGUGAAUCAGGGCAGGUAAAUAAUUGUGGAAAUGCUUCUGUGCGUCCUCCCUCUCUUUGCCAUUGACAUCGGGUCAAGCUCAACGCUGAUUGGCUGUCACGCGUAGGCGCAUCAAAAGUUACAUUAUUUGAACUCUGCGUGUUGGUGCGUUGGGCGUGUUUAAAAUGCAGAUUUUCAACGCCUCUAACGUGCGUAACGCGUUCAGUGUGGCUGCACCUUAAGGGCUUCAUGAGUGUUUCUAAUGUGAGGGGAAACACACGCCAAAGCACCCCUGCUGCUUCAACUAAAACCACAACUGGAAAUGGUUUUGCUCAACAAAGAAAAAGUCAACAGAUCACACACAAAAAUAACCCAAGGUUGCUUCUGUUAAGUAUUUAAGAAAGUUUAAAGUCCCUCAGUGUUCAGUGAAAGGUUGCCCUAUUUCACUGGUGAUUCCCCAGUUGGAAGCAAAGCAGGUCAGCAGUGACGAAACAUCGGUUAGGAGUUGCAGGGAACUCAAAGCAUAUUGCAUCACUAAUGAUAGAAAAUAUUAAGGAAUUUGUAUAUUUAAUUUAGCUGUCACGACUCCUUUUAAUGCCAAAGAAAGCUCAUGCGGUUCAGAUCGUCCACCAAGCAUGAGAAGUAAUGUUCUGUUUGACGCACCAACUGGUAUUUCUUAAAGAUGAGGAUGGUUCAGAUUGUCCACCAAGCAUGAGAAGUAUUGUUCUCUCUGACACCAAGUUGUGUUUCUUAAAGGUGAUUGUUCAGAUUGUCCACCAAGCAUGAGAAGUAUUGUUCUCUCUCUGACACCAACUGGUGUUUCUCAAAGGUGAAGAGGUGGGUUCAUGUGCUCAUGUUCAAAUGGGUCCAGCAAAAACCUCCAUGCAUAUAUAUUUCUAUAAUCAAUUUAAAAAAAAACAGUCAAAUAUGCUUAUUUUGAUUCAAAAAGCGUUCAGCAAGCUUGACUUGUCUGCUCUGAACAACCAAAAGGUAUUUGUAAUGAAGCAGUGGAAUCUGUCCCUGGCAUCUACCUUGUACUGAGAGUUUAAAUGUCACUUUGACUGCAAGUUGUCAACACUAAAGCAACAAUCCAAACUAAUUAUUAAUUAGUGUUUAUCCUGUUGGCUUUCUGUCACUGUCGUCUCCAUCCAACACUGAGAAAACCACAGCAGCUGGUGACUUUGUACUGGUUGAUCUUAAAUCAAGAGAAAAUUUUAUAGAAAAAACUUUGGCAAAAAGGCAGUAAGAGAUACUACUUUUUUUACUUUUCACUUGAUGACACCACCUUGCCUACUGUGGCAUAAUUUGCUCUACAUGUCACUUUGUUUCAUUAUAUCAAUAGGACCGCUGUACAACUAUCUCACAAUGAGCACUUGGACUUGAAGGUUAAAGUCAUGUAUUGAUCAGCAACAUCUCCAGGAAGUUGGACUGAGAAACGAGGGGAACAUUAUACUGUUGGUAAUUUAAUCAGUGGAUUUUACAAAUGCAAUUUUAUUUUUGUAUCUAAUUUGUUGGGUCAAUAUUUCUGCUAUACAACCAUUCUGAAAGCAUUUAAAUUACUAUUGAAAUAAAUAUUUAAUGAAUCAAUAACAA